AAGGGCGAUCUGGAGACAGAGACCAAUGAGAGCUGGGGAGAGACAUCGCGGUGGUGCCGCAGAGCAGUCUGGGCCUCCGCCUCCGUUACCCUGGAGCCGAAGCCGCCGCGCCAACGCCUCCUUGGAGCCGCCUCCCCCACCCUUGCUUCUCGUUUAAACUUUCCGAAUCCCGGCAACCUCGGCUCCCGCCCCGCAGGAUCGCAGCAUCCGCAGAAGCACACGGUCUUUGGUUGGCAGACGUCGAGGUCUGGGCGAGGGGUUCGGCCGGAUGAGGGACAGGAAGGAGGCGGGACGCCGCGUCGGCUCUGGGGAAAAAAAGUGUAUCUUCUGGUUGCUAAUAUGAAUUUGGGACUGCUGGAUAUAUGGAGAAAGCAAAUUGUACAGAAAUGAGUAUUAUCGCCAGGUUCUGAAGACUAUAAAGAUGCUCUUCAGUGUUGUCAUGGACUCUUCUGGAGAAAGGAACCUUGUGAAGUUAAGUGAAUAGAGGCCAUUUUUUAAAACAAUGGAGGAAAGAGCAAAAAGUCCAGAUACUAAUCAAGAAAGAAAUUCAGGCAAACACCGUUACUCUUACUGCUCAUCUGAUUUUGAAACUACACUACAGUCUUCUGGCCAGUCUUCAGUGGCCAACCUCUCGUCACCUACAAGUGUUAAGGAAAAAAAUGCUAAAAGAUACAUUUCAGAUAGUCAAGUGCAUCACCAAGCCCCUGGAAAAUCAAGCCCUAAGAGUCUACCAAACAGAAAGGGAGUCAGAGGCGGAUAUCGCUCCCAGAGCCUCAAUAGGGAAACACUUCGGAAAGAUCCUGAUCUUGUUACAAAACGGGUUCUUUCUGCAAGACUGCUAAAAAUCAAUGAGUUGCAAAAUGAAGUGACUGAACUUCAGGUCAAGUUAGCUGAGCUGCUAAAAGAAAAUAAGGCUUUGAAAAGGCUUCAGUAUAGACAGGAGAAAGCCCUGAAUAAGUUUGAAGAUACAGAAAAUGAAAUUUCACAACUUAUACUUCGACACAACAAUGAGAUUAUAGCACUCAAGGAACGUCUAAGAAAAUCUCAAGAGAAAGAACGGGCAACUGAGAAAAGGGUAAAAGAUACAGAAGGUGAACUAUUUAGGACAAAAUUUUCCUUAAAGAAGCUGAAAAAGAUCUCUGAAGCUAGACAUCUACCUGAACGAGAUGAUUUGGCAAAGAAACUGGUCUCAGCAGAAUUAAAAUUAGAUGAUACUGAGAGAAGAAUUAAGGAACUAUCAAAAAACCUUGAGCUGAGUACUAACAGUUUCCAACGACAGUUGCUUGCUGAAAGGAAAAGGGCGUAUGAGGCUCAUGAUGAAAAUAAAGUUCUUCAGAAGGAGCUACAACGGCUCUAUCAGAAAUUAAAAGAAAAGGAGAGAGAGCUGGAUAUAAAAAACAUAUACUCUAAUCGUCUGCCAAAGUCCUUUCCAAAGAAAGAAAACGAAUUUGCACUAAGAAAAAAUGCUGCAUGCCAGAGUGACUUUACAGACCAGUGUACAAAAGGAGUACAAACCAGUGACGACUUUGAGCUGGAAGAAUUUCCUAUAACACCACAAACAGUUAUGUGUUAUGAAAACACAUGGGAAGAAUCUGAACAUCUUACUUUGGAUCUGGAAUCCCAAGAGAGAGGUGAGCACGAAGAAGCAGAGAUUCUAAAUACAGUUGUGGAAGGGGAAGAAGAAUCCAUAAAAGAACUCGAUACUAUAAAACAGGAGGUUGAGAAGCUGGAGAACGAAUGGGAAAGAGAAGAACUUGAUAAAAAGCAAAGAGAAAAUACAUUUUUACUGAAAAGAGAAGAAAAGCCAGAGCUGGAAACUGGAAGAUACCAAAUGGGAAUGAACCAAUUCCAAGAUAUUGAUAAAUUGGAAGAAGAGGAAGAAGACAGACUGAAGAGAGAAAUGCUACUUGCUAAACUGAAUGAGAUUAACCGAGAACUUGAAGAUUCUCAGAACCUAAAAUAUCCUCGUCUGCCAUUGCUACCUGAUUUUAAAUCUAAGUUAGACUCCCCAGAGAAAAGCAGCAAAACAUAUAUGUUCUCUGGACUGUCAGAGAGAUCAUUUAAUGGGCACCAUUUGCAAGACAUCAGUUUUUUAACUACAAAAGGAGAGGGCCAGAAUUUAGGAGAUACUAGAAUCCCAGCCUCUCCCAAUGAGUUUGCAUUUGGUAGCUAUGUGCCUUCAUUUGCAAAAACAUUAGGGAAGUCAAAUUUAUUUAGUCAAAAAAGUGGCCUUUUGGAGUUCCAAAGUAACACUACAGAAAAACUUAAUAAAGACAGCAUAGAUUUAAUUGCAAGAAAAGAAAAAAAAGCCAAUCUGAUGGAACAGCUAUUUGGUGCCAGUGGCAGCAGCACGAUUUCCUCUAAAAGCAGUGACCCAAAUACUCUGUCUGUCAGCAGAGGAGACUUUGACCCUCUAAAUUUUCCCUCUGGGGAUAAAAGCAGCAGGGGCAGAGAACAAGGUGAAGAUGAUGACUUUUUCCUCAGCGAAGGAAGAAGUUUUAAUCCAAAUAGAAACAGAUUAAAACAUGCAAACAAUAGACCAACAGUAAAAGCAGUUGAUUCUGUAGAAGAUGAAAUUGAAGAAGUAGCACUGAGAUGAUUGGCUGGAUUAUAUUUUUUUUCUAUUGUAAAUAUUAAGGUAUUUUAAUACAGUAUUUAUUAUAAACAUUUAUACUUGUUAAUGCUAAGAAGUCCUUAUUAGAGAAUGAUUUUUAAUAGUUAAAUACAAUGCAAAUUUUGAAAGUAGAUCGUAUCCAUACCACAUAGUUUGCCAAGAAUGAAGGAGGCUCUUUUGAGUGAAACCAAAAAUAGAUGUAUCUUACUUUUUAUUUACAAAUCAGUUUUACUUCUUAAGCCAGCUCUAUGGGAAGUUUUCCGCCACUGGAGGUGAUAUUCAUUUCCUCCUUUUAUCUUUAUUUUUUUUGGGUCAUAUCUCAUUAAAUCACUUACCUACAACUGUGGUAACAUAUUAAGUUGAAUUCAGAAGACUUUUCUGUAUGCUUGGACAGCUCCCCCUCUGUCAUGGCUCCCUGAGGCUUGGGUACAGUGUAAUCAGUAAAGUCUGUCCUUGUUCUCCUACACGCUUUAUGUCUUAGUGACUAGGUGUGAGAUUUCGUACCAAAUACAAGGAAUAGAAGAAAUUUCAUUGCAGCGUAGAAGAUUUUCAACUCAAUUAUGUUUCCAGAGUAAUGCAAUUGGGAAAUUUUAAUAUGUACUUUUAAUAUUUGAACUUACCUUUAAACCAAGCAGACAAUAGUAGCAUAGUACUAUUGAACUUACAGGACUGAUUUUAAAGCAAUCUUGGAUAAAAAGUCUUUUAGAGUUGUGGGGCAUCAAAUCAGCCUUAAUGAGUAGAAUGGAUGGUUUUCUGUUGAAAUGCAUUGGUCUUUUUUUUUGGCUAUUUGUAGUUCACUUCAGCUUGGAUUAUGCUGGGUAUGAUUGGAUGAUUGGUCCUUAAGAAGCACUGACCAAGGAGAAAACACUGAUAAAAUGAAGACUGGUGAAAAUAGUAUGUCAGGGGAAGAAUAAAAAUUUAUAUUAGCACUUAAUCUAGAGUGAGCUCCUUUUUCAGAUUUUUUUUUUAACUACAUAUUUGCCCAUAAUUUGAUUUCUCAUGCCAAGCAUACAUACUAAUGAGAGGACUAGAGAUGUUGUUUUAUCUUGAAUUCUUACAAAUGCUUAUUAUUGAAUACCGUUUCAUUAACCGCUUGACAGGAUUUACCUGGUUAGGUUGCUAAUUAAAAGGUGUUCCACCUAUGAUCUUCUAUGUUCCUGUCAUUUGUUGGGAACAGAAUCCCCCACAAGUGCUGAACUAUAUUAAAAAGUUUCCUUAAUAGAGAGAUUUUAUGUCUGAUAUACAUAAACAUUUAGUAAUUUGCACCUCAUUCCAGUAUAUGUAAAACAAUAUUGUAAUGCAGUUCUUGAUGCAAUGUAAUUAUUAUGUAAUGUUAAUUUUGUUCAUAGCUGUUAAUUUUUCUGCCAAAAGUGUUCUAUUUUUGAGGUUGUUUUGAAGUUUAUUUUUUAAGCCUUUAAAUAGUAAAAUUUUGUAUUCAGGUCAUUUUAAGCGGUCUCUUUCCUACCUGAUGUUUUCUAAAAAUCUCUUUCACCAGCUGUAGCAAGACAGAAUUAUUAAAAUCAAACCCAAAGUUGAGUUAUGGGCAGAAGCGCAUUAUGGUGUUAAGCAUUAAAAUUAGAGAUUAAAAUGUAUAUAACAGGUUUUUCUUUAUGAACAAACCCUGCAGAGUAAAUAAUCUUUUCUAAAUGUCAAGUUAAAUUUGUUAUUUGUACUCAGAACUGUUAUUAAUAAAAAUGAAAAACACUACGACUCUGCAUUUGAAUGAUGCCUUAGGUUACUUGGAAAAGAUGUAGUAGAAACAGGAACUACAGGGUUA